AGAAAGGAAAUCAAACCGCUACCUGAACCAAAGAAUAAACCAAGUGGAAAACCGAAGGCUGGAACUCUUACAGUUCGUAGCUAUCUUCUCCGGCGAGCCCAAACGAUUCCGGCGAGCAUUAACGGUGGAGGAAGGGAACUGAUAUUGUAGGCUCGGGUUGGGCAUUUGUGUGUGAUUGAUGAUGCUGGCAGUUGAGCUACCUUAUAAUUGUUGUUUCUCACAGGGGGUUUACGUUCGAUUUUUAGAAGAGAUUUUGCCAAAAUUUCAGCAAAAUUAAUUGAGUCAGCUUUUCUUUAAUUCUCCCUAAAUAGUGACUCUAUCUAUUAAGGGAAACAAAAAUGGCAAUCGCUAGAACUGGAGUCUAUGUCGACGAUUACUUGGAGUAUGCAAGCACUUUACCGGCCGAGCUUCAGAGACUCCUCAAUACUAUCAAAGAGCUCGAUGAGCGAUCGCAUUCAAUUUUAAAUCAGACCAGGCAGCAAACAAAAUACUGUUUGGGAUUGGCAUCACAAAGCUCAAAGAGAGGAAAUGGUAUUGCUUUCAAUAAUAGUAACAGUGAAGAGGAUGAUGUUGUUGAGAGAAUGAGAAAGGAUAUCGAGGCAAAUCAGGAUAAUGCAUUGAGUUUGUGUACUGAGAAGGUUUUGUUAGCACGACAAGCUUAUGACCUUAUAGACAGCCAUAUCAAACGAUUAGAUGAGGAUCUAAACAACUUUGCAGAAGAUUUGAAGCAUGAGGGGAAAAUACCAGCAGAUGAACCAGCAAUUCUUCCUUCACAACCUAUAUUAGUUCCUAAACUCGAAAAACGCAAGUCCUUUUAUGGGACACCUCAAUCAAAAAGGAAUGAGCUUAGGGACAGGGAAUGGGAUCGAGAACGUGAUAGGGAUUUUGAGCUCAUGCCGCCUCCAGGAAUUAAGAAGGAUUUUAAUGUCUCAGUUGAUGUUGAUCAACCCAUUGAUCCAAAUGAACCUACCUACUGUGUCUGCCAUCAGGUGUCCUUUGGAGAUAUGAUUGCAUGUGAUAAUGAAAAUUGCGAAGGAGGUGAAUGGUUCCAUUAUGCGUGUGUUGGUCUAACGCCAGAGACGAGAUUCAAGGGAAAGUGGUAUUGUCCAACCUGCCGACAGCUACCCCAUUGCCAAUUAUGAUAUACAUGUAUGUAUCUAUUGCUUUUCUUUUGAAGUAUUCGUUGUUGGUCGAAAAUGGAAAAAAAAAAAAAAAAAGGUAUUACAAUGGCUAAUUUGAUCAAACAGAGAGCCAAGUUUUGUUAUAACACAACCCUCUUCUGUCAAAUGCAUUUGCAGGGUAAUAGAUUUGUAAAGACCCUCCUUUCAAUGCAAGUCUUGGGAAUUAUCUGUAGUGAAAACAGAUGUGUAUAUUAUAAGUGCUAUUUUGUGGUUUAUCCUUACAAA